AUGACCAACAUUUAUCUCAGUGAGCUGCAUGUUGCUGUUCAGGACCGGGAGAAAAAUCAGCUGUCCCAAGGAUAUUCUGAAUUUCUCCUGUCAAGUCCAAACGGGUCCUUAAAGCUGAACAAUUGGUUUGCACUCAAGAAUCCCCUCUCCACCUCCAUCAAUCCAGAGAAGAUUCAGCUGUUACCUGCAGACACCACACCAAGCUGUUGUAAGAUGAUAAUGGGAAACACAGGGGUGGACAUUGAGAUGGAGUUAAUCGGGGAUGAUGAGAAGACAGCGUGGAGAGAUAUGCUACAAGCAGAUCAAUACAUCACUGACACCCAUUCAACUAGUGCUGUGUUGGGGGCAGGGCGUCCGCCUGAGAGAAGUCUGACUGGUUCUGCAGAGCAGCAGCUGCGUUCUGUACGGACGGAGUUUGUAAAACGAGUGUCAAGACCUGUCCUGGAUGGUCUUCUGGAAAGACUCCUGCAACACACAGUCAUCAACCAGGAGGAAACGGAGUCAGUGAAGGUGAUCGCUGAGAGGGCAGAGAAGGCACGUGACAUCAUCGACAUGGUGUUGAGAAAAGGAACUGAGUCGUGUUCCAGGAUGAUCAACCUUCUUGGGGAGAUGGACCCCUGUCUUUGUUCACAGCUUCAGAUCAGUGUUGGAGUACCAACCUAAUGGUAGAAUGGAUAGUAACAGUGUUGGGGUACCAACCUAAUGGUAGAAUGGAUAGUAACAGUGUUGGGGUACCAACCUAAUGGUAGAAUGGAUAGUAACAGUGUUGGGGUACCAACCUAAUGGUAGAAUGGAUAGUAACAGUGUUGGGGUACAAAAUACAAAAAUAACUGUACAAAUGUUAUGGAGACACAGUGUUGUUUAAAAACAUUGAAUAUAAGAAUAAUAAUUGGAAUCAUUUGGACUGGGGAGACCUGCUCCUAGAUCAACAUGCCUAUUCAAUGUUUAGGAUUACCCUGAAUGCUUUCCCCCCCAAAACAGGGUAGGGACCUACCUGAAUUUGUCCAAAAUAAACCAUUUUGAAACUA